UGUGACGCGAACGCGGAAGUGGUGACAUAAACACAAAACUGGCACUGAAGACGAGAAUCAAAAACACGCAUUUACUUCAUUUUUAAUUUUUUUAAUUUUGCUGUCUGACGUUUUUUUUUUCGGUUGGUAAUGUCGACGAGCCACGUUAAAGACCCCAGCUUUCUAGGAGGAAGAAUACCUCCAGAAAUCGAGUCGCUGUCGAAAAACCUGAAGGAUGUGGAUCACGAGCUGUUCAGAAAAAUACUGAAAGCUUUGGUCAGUGCCCUGGAGGGGAAGGACUGCAGGGAGGUGAUGAAGUCCAUAGCCGAGAGCUGUGUCGUCCCACAGGAGAGGCUCAGCCACAUCAUAGCCGGGAUGCAUCGAGUGCUGUCUGAGGCCAUCCGCGUCCCCACAUCAUUACUUAAACAAGAGGCUUUUAAGGAAGAUCUAAGAGAACUGAGGAUACCUGAAGACUUCAUCACAGAUUUCUCCAGUGUGGUUUUUGGAAAUCGCCGUGCGCUUCUAGAGGCAGCUGCCUCCCAGAACGAUCCUCACCUCCCCACACUGGAAGAAUUCAAAUGGAGAGUGGAUGUUACCAUUUCUACAAGCUCUUUGGCCAGAGCGCUGCAGCCCUCUGUUCUCAUGCAGAUGAAGCUAUCGGACGGGAGGUUUCACCGCUUCGAGGUGCCCGUGUCUAAAUUCCACGAGCUCCGUUACAACGUGGCUUUGAUCCUCAAAGAGAUGAACGACCUGGAGAAGAGGAGCAUUCUCAAGAUCCAGGACUGACGAACCGUUAAUAUCGUUGUUAUUUCACUGUCACCUCUGCUUGGUCUUUCAGAUCCAGUGGAGGUUUUUUUGUACAUUAUUAGUCAUUUGUAACGCAGUAUUAUCAUGAAAGGUAGUAACAACGAUCUUACGCUCUGAGGGUGUUGGCAUCCAACGUGCUCGACUGUUGACGGAGAGUAAAAAGAUAAGCUGUAAUUCCUUGUAUUUAAAAUCAUUUUCUGCCUGUAAAUGAUUCCAGAUGUGAUUACCAGAGGCCACCUCUCUUUCUUUUCUUUUCCGUCUUUGUCCUUGCUUUCCCUUUUUACCUCGGCUGACCGGCUCAUUGCUAUGCGACAGUUGUUGUUUUGUUCUUGCCUUAGCGUUCGGCCGCUAAUCUUUCAUCUGCACAUUUCCGCUUUCUUGUUCGGCAGCUUCGUGUCUGCUUCUUCUCCUCAGCACUGAUAUAUUUUUUUUUAUUCAUCAGCCACUUGUAAUAGAUCCCAUGUGCCUUGAUGUCUCGUAUCCACCUGCGUAUAUUAACGUUUGAGUUUGUAAGGACAUUUGAGACACCUGCAGAGUCUCCAUUGUGCCAAAAUACAAACUCAGCUGUCCUCCUCGCUAAUUUGACUGGUGUCAUGUGAUGAGCCCUCUUGAGACGUUGAGAUUGAACAUUUUGUUCACCCGCCUCUGAAACACGUUGAGAACGAACAACUUAUUAUUUUUUUUAUAUAAAUCAGACUGAACAAUUUAAAAAGUGAAAUGAUAUUUUUCCUUAUGUUAUGUAUGUGUUUUCCACAGUAACACCAAGAUUCUGUCUUUUUAAACACGUUUCUGCAUUAAAAUCUGUCACUGUGUCGCUAUA